AUGUCCAACCCUAGCCGCCUCUGCCUCCCCCCACGUGAUCUGGUUCGUCAUCCACCCGCGCGACCCCCAUCCCGUGCGACGGUGGCGGCGCUACUGGACCACCCGGUGGCGGUUCUGUCGGAGAGGCCGGCGCCGCGGCUCACGAGGCUGCUGGUGAACGUGACAGUGGAGCGGAGCCUGUGGCCGGUGCACGUUGUGCUGGGCGCCGAUGCCACCGUGGCCGACCUCGUGCGCGCCGCCCUCGCCGCCUACAUCGCCGAGGGACGCAGGCCGCCGCUCCCCGCCGAUGCCAACGACGUCGACACGGCCGCACGGUUCGAGCUGCAUCUCUCCAAGUAUUCCCUCACAGCGCUGAACCCUGACGAGAAGGUGCUGGAUCCAAAGUGGAAACAGACAAUGGAUUCCUGGGGUGCAAAAAUGAUUUCUGCAAUUGAGCUGGAGUGGCUUACUGGUGGCGAGUGUUUAGCUGGAAUGCACGAGAUAAUGGUGACCAAGUAG